GCACACACAGGGGUGUUCCAGCACAUGACAAAGUGCGAGUGUCACUUCAUCAACGGCACCGAGCGGGUGAGGUUCGUGCAGAGGCACAUCUACAACCGGGAGCAGUUCAUGCACUUCGACAGCGAUGUGGGGGUGUUUGUGGGGGACACCCCGUAUGGGGAGAUCCUGGCCAGGUACGGGAACAGCAACCAAGAAUGGAUGGAGUACAUACGGGCUCGGGUGGACAGGUACUGCCGGCGCAACUACAAGGUAUUCACUCCCUUCAGCAUGGAGAGGAGAG